AUGACCGUUGAUAACACCGGGAACCGUCUCAACUAUGUCUGGCAUGACAUGCCGGAAGAGGUGCGAAGAGACCUUGAGAGACGCCGCAGUGGCGGGAAGAAUCCCAAAGAGGAGAGAAAACAGAACAAACGUGACACCAACGGUUAUGCCGAGAAGGGGGCGAAUGUACCACCAGCGAGGAAUGAUCCUCCAGAGAAUGAAAUCAUCCCCAAAGUGAAUAAAACGCAGCAAACGGCAGAGGAGGAGUACCCCACAGAAGAACGGGUGCCACAGAAGCAAGUAGAAGAAAAGAAGGAUCAACCCAAAGAGGAAGAGGUGCCACAGAAGCAAGUGGAAGAAAAGAAGGAUCAACCCAAAGAGGAAGAGGUACCACAGAAGCAGGUGGAAGGAGAGACAGAGGAACAACCCGAAGGAGCGCAGGAGGCUCCACCCCAAGCGGGGAACUCAGAAGAUGUGGAGGUGCAGCAGCCACAAACUGUUGGCGGCGCGAAGAAUGCAAAGACAAAGCACACUAUCCGUUUUCGGGGAUCAAAGUGGGAGGGUGUACUAAAGAAUCGUCAGAGUGAACUGGAGACAGCCUUCAAGAAGGACGUAACUGAAGGGAGUGGUUUGCCUGAGAGGCGCAUUUCAGGGUUGAAGUUUGAAUUUAAUGACGUUCUUAUUGCCACCUUUACCGUCCGUCAUGAGAAUGACGAAGAAAUGAUGAAGGAAGUGCACGCAAAGCUUGAAGCUUACAAUUUUCCUAAUACAACCGCAUUGUACAAGGUGGGCCAGUCCAAAGGACCAGGGGACUCGCAAUGUGUGGAGGUGCAGCAGCCACAAACUGUUGGCGGCGCGAGGAAUGCAGGGACAAAGCACACCAUUCGUUUUCGGGGAUCAAAGUGGGAGAAUGUACUAAAGAAUCGUCAGAGUGAACUGGAGACAGCCUUGAAGAAGGAUGUGACUGAAGGGUUUGAUUUGCCUGAGAGGCGCAUUUCAGGGCUGAAGUUUGUAUUUAAUGACGUUCUUAUUGCCACCUUUACCGUCCGUCAUGAGAAUGAUGAAGAAAUGAUGAAGCAGUUGCACGAAAAGCUCCAAUCUUACAAUUUUCCUAAUACAAUCGCAUUGUACGACAUGGAUGCGCCCAAUGGGGCGGGGAACUCACAAGAUGUGGAGGUGCAGCGGCCACAAACUGUUGGCGGCGCGAAGAAUGCAAGGACAAAGCACACUAUUUAUUUCCGGGGAUCAAAGUGGGAGGAUGUACUAAAUAAUCGUCAGAGUGAACUGGAGGCUGCCUUCAAGAAGGACGUAACUGAAGGGAGUGGUUUGCCUGAGAGGCGCAUUUCAGGGCUGAAGUUUGAAUUUAAUGACCUUCUUAUUGCUACCUUUGCCGUCCGUCAUGAGAAUGACGAAGGCGUGAUGAAACAAGUGCACGCAAAGCUUCAAGCUUUCAAUUUUCCUAAUACAACCGCAUUGUACGACAGUUAG